UCAUCUUUUCACGCUAUACAUUUUCAGACUGAAGAGUCCUGAGAUUUGUGGUAACUAUUGUUGUGCUGUUAAAAGUAAAGUAGAAGACUUCCUGUUUCGUUUAGGGCCCUAUAAAUAGAGGAGGGUUUUGUGAUGGCAGAGGAGUGUGCAGCAUUUGUAUUGCCUGUGAAGAGACCAAGAGAAGAGGAACAACAACAGGAAGAGAUGGAAGCAGCCAACCACAACAACGACAACGGUUGCACCAAUGAGUCUCCUUAUAUCUCUUCUGUUCUUCCUGGCUGGUUCUCUGAGAUUAGCCCCCUUUGGCCUGGGGAAGCACACUCGUUGAAGGUUGAGAAGAUAUUGUUUCAAGGGAAGUCUGAUUACCAGAAUGUCAUGGUUUUUCAGUCAUCAACUUAUGGAAAGGUGCUUGUUUUGGAUGGUGUGAUUCAACUCACAGAGAGGGAUGAAUGUGCUUACCAAGAGAUGAUCGCUCAUCUUCCUCUUUGUUCAAUUCCAAAUCCCAAAAAGGUGCUGGUUAUUGGAGGAGGAGAUGGUGGUGUCUUGCGUGAGGUGUCACGUCAUUCUUCUGUCGAGCAGAUUGACAUAUGUGAGAUUGACAAGAUGGUAGUUGAGGUUUCUAAACAAUUUUUCCCAGAUGUAGCUGUAGGAUACGAGGAUCCACGUGUUAAUCUCCACAUUGGUGAUGGAGUUGCAUUUUUGAAAAAUGUUGCUGCAGGAACUUACGAUGCUGUCAUAGUGGAUUCAUCUGACCCUAUAGGUCCAGCACAAGAGUUGUUCGAAAAGCCUUUCUUUGAUUCUAUAGCAAGAGCUCUGCGUCCAGGAGGGGUUGUAUCUACACAGGCUGAGAGUAUAUGGCUUCACAUGCACAUAAUUGAAGAAAUCGUUGCCAAUUGCCGCCAAAUCUUCAAAGGCUCAGUUAACUAUGCAUGGACUACAGUUCCUACUUAUCCAAGUGGUAUGAUUGGUUUCAUGCUCUGCUCUACUGAGGGACCUGCAGUUGAUUUCAAGAACCCAAUUAACCCCAUCGAUGACGACGAUGACAGCCAUACCAAAACUCUUGGACCUUUGAAGUUUUACAACUCUGAGCUUCACAAAGCAUCAUUCUGUUUGCCAUCAUUUGCCAAGAGGGUGAUUGAAUCCAAAGGAAAAUGAUGAGGCACAUUUUCUAGUACUUUACUGGAGCAGGAUUAGCUGUUGUACAACGCCUAUAACUGUCGCAGUUUUUAUGUUUAAGUCAAUGUUAUUAGGUUAUUUAGGCCAAAAGAGUUGGUAAUAUCCUCCGGUGGAUUAUAUGUUCCUUUCUUGAUUUUGUACUGGAUAAAGUUGUUGUGUUGGUUGAAGUUUAAAGAGCAUAAAGUUUUUUAUGCGAAAAAUUAGAUGUAUUCAUGGUUUCAGCUUGGCAACUUAAAAGAAAUUAUUAACUAUGCGGAGAAUUGCUUA